AUGGCAGCUCAAAAAGUCUCAGAAUGGCGCAAACUGCCCGUCAGUCUCACAGAGCUUUGCAUCGAAACCACACUUCGAUGUGGCCAGUCUUUCAGAUGGCGCAAGAUAAAUGAACAAUGGCACUGCGUCCUCAAAGGCCGUCUCAUCUCCCUACGCCAAGAACCCACCCAUCUUCACUACAAAGUGACAUGGCCUACAACAGGGGCAACAACUCCCACCAAACAUGAAAACUCCGAAGCCGACGACGACAUCCCUUCCCUCCUGCACAGUUACUUUGCCCUCUCCUCCUCUCUCACCACCCUCUACGCCCAAUGGUCCCUCUCCGAUGCCAACUUCGCCCGUCGCGCGCCCGCCUUCACGGGCAUCCGCAUCCUCAACCAGGACGCCUGGGAGACGCUCAUCUCCUUCAUCUGCAGCAGCAACAACAACAUUUCGCGCAUCAGCCAGAUGGUGUUGAAGCUGUGUACGCACUACGGCCCUUAUGUGGCCACCGUGGAGGGUGAAGCGUUCCACGAUUUCCCCGGGCCGGAGGCGUUGGCGGGCGAAGGGGUCGAGGCCCAUCUGAGGGAGCUGGGGUUUGGGUAUAGGGCCAAGUAUAUCGCUGAAACAGCGGGGUGUGUGGCGCAGGUUUAUGGUGAGAAGUGGUUGCUGAGGUUGAGGAAUCCGGGGGUUCCUGCGUUGGGAGUGGCUGCUGGUGUUGAGGUGAAGAAGGAAGAAGAAGGGGCAGAAGAUGAGAAGAAGGAGGAGCGUGUUGAUGAUGGUGAUUCCAAGGCUGAUUUGGAUGAGGACCCACCGACGUAUAAGAAGGCUCAUGAAGCUUUGCUGACUCUGCCGGGCGUUGGGCCCAAGGUGUCAGAUUGUGUUUGUUUGAUGGGUCUCGGCUGGGGAGAGUCUGUUCCUAUCGAUACACACGUUUGGCAGAUUGCACAGAGAGACUAUAACUUUGGUGGGAAAGGGGGUGCCAAGACCAAGACGCUCAACAAGGCCAUGUAUGAGGCCGUGGGCGACCAUUUCAGGAAGACCUGGGGACCUCAAGCUGGUUGGGCGCAGAGUGUCCUGUUUACUGCGAACCUCAAGUCGUUCUCGGAACAAGCAGCGGGGGUAAAGAAAAAGGGAGUGGUGAAAGUCGAAGAGGAGACCCAGGAAGGGACGGUUACGACUGCUGAGGCCGUGUCCAAACCAGAAAAGAAGAAAGGAGUGGUAGUCAAGGUUGAGGAAAGUGAAGAGAUCGUCGCCACAACGUCAGCGGCGAAGUCCAGAAAACGGAAAACAGUUGCUGCAGAAAUGCUACCGAAAGCUGAGCCGGAUGCCACGGUCCAAACGACAAUAACUCGGACGUUACGGUCCAGUAAAAGGAUAAAGAGCCAGGUUUGA